AAGACAAGUUGGGCGGGCAAUCUUUUGGCCGUUAUUCAGGGCAACCGAGCAUGUCGUCACUUGCUAGGGGGUGCCUUGAGCUUGCAAGCAAGGGUAACGAGAAAGCCCUGGAGAUCAACUUCGGCACGCGAGUGAAAGAGCUCAGGCCCAUAAAGGACCAGGACACAAUCAACGGUUGGGAGAUUUUGGACAAGGAUGGCCAGAGUUUCGGUGUGUUUGACUGGGUAGUCGUGUCUGGAGCCACGCCCGCGCUGGAUCGUUGGCGGGCUGGCUUCAAGGAGGAGCCUCCAGUGCAUGCAGCCGCGCAGGCCUCGGGCUCCAAGACUUUCCAGAGCCUUGUUGCGCAGCUAGACUCGCCACUUCCGUAUGAGCAGGUGCAUGUGGUUAUGUGUGUUUGGGACGUUUCUAUUGGUAGUGUUGCGGCAGAACAAGUUUGCCAUUGUCUGCGUCAGCUUCCAUUUGACAUCACCCAGGUCAAUGACGAUGAAGCGCUUGCAAAGGUGUCGUUGCAAAGUGUCGGACCUACGUAUGCGGUCGUCGCCUUGCACUCUACGCCCGCUUUUGCUCGAAAACACAAGAAGGUCAUGGGUUCUGGUAGCUACGUGUCUGUCGCAAACAACGUUGAAGGCAGUAUUGACAGUGAGGGAGCUGUGUGCGAGGAGCUUGUUGGAUCCCUCCGCUCACUCAUAGAAAAGCUGGGCAUGCUGAAGCUUCCAUCGCCCGAUUGGGGCCCUGCCCUGCACAGAUGGGGAGCAGCAUUCCCUGAGCCAGACAUGGGGCCUGUGGGCCGUGAUGACGCGUGGGUGCUGCCCGCCGAGCGCUUUGCGCUUGCGGGGGACUUCCUGUCGCCGCCGAACGCUUGCGUGGCCGCUGCUCUACGGAGCGGCCUUGCCGCAGGAGAUGCUCUGCUGAGGCUUGUGCGGGGUCAUGUGGUUGCUGAGCGCUACUCCUCCGAAGACUGGAUCCUGCAGGUGCAGACUUUGGCUUCUUCCAAGAUACUGACGCGCAUUCAGUCCCACCUCGCAUUCAACACCAUCUUCGCAGUUGUGGUGGCCGUCGCCCACGAUAAGUAUUUCAUGGGCACCCGCUGCUUCUACGGGCUCUGCGUCAACGUGCCGGUCACAGACAUCACGCCGCCCCCCCUGGCGCUGCUCAGCACCUUCUCGGCCGCCCUGGGCCUGCUGCUGGUGUUUCGCACCAACGCCGGCUACGAGCGGUGGUCGGCCGGGUACAAGUCGGCGCGCGAGCUCAGGCACAACAUGUCGCAAGUGCGGCGCAUGGGGGCGCUGUGGAUGGGGAUGGAGGACCUCGAGUGGCUAGAGAGGGAACUCCGCCCUUUUCCGGCGUACCUGCAGGAGUACCUCGCUGGGGGGUCGCGAGUGAUGCUGGGGGCCUUCAGCGGCGCCAGCGACCCGCGCUUGAUCCUGACCAAGGUCGGCAAAGGCAUGCGGGAGAAGGCGGAGCGGGCGGAGCUGUCCAGUGCUGGCCUGUACGCCGAGGACCGGAUGCAGGGAUAUCUGAGCGCCGCAUUGUGGAACGUGGAAGAGAUGGCGAGCCUCGUGUCAAUCGCCGUGGCCCGAGAGUACUCGAGGCACCUCUCCCGCUUCCUGACGGUGUACCUCUGCGUGAUACCCUUCGCGCUGGUGGACCUCGGUAGGCCGACGGGCUGA